UACAUUAACUACAAUUAUUGUUUUGGAAAUAGCAUAAUUUAAUUAGAAUAUUAUCAGUUUUGCAUGUAUUCAUAAAAAUACGCAAAAUGAUAAUCAUAUCAAUUAAUAUGAUGGCAUGUAAACGUAUAAAAAUAUAAGCAAAAGGCCAACAUACGUCUGUAAUAGCAAUGUAUGUUUCUGAGCAUAAUUUUCAUUAAAUGCUCAGCUCUGUUCACGCGCCACUGUUACCAUUUCUGCUUCUGAGCUAGCUGUGGUGAAACACGCUCAUCGCAUUUUGUUAGCUUCCCUACAAGAAACUGCUGAUCGUUUCACUAAUACACGCACAUUUUUUAUGUCAGAGCUGACGAAAAAAUAGCACUCAAAUGACUGUCAAUGCUUAUGUUAAAAAGAGAAACCUAUGAAUGAUAUUGCUGAUAUAUGUAAGAAUGAAAUAGCUUAAUUAUUUAACGCUGUCAUGACUGUCAAUGUUUAUUUUUUUUUUAAGUAAACACUUUUCAACACUAAACAUCGUAUAUACAUAUGUACUUUUAUAAAAUGUUGCGCAAAAAAAUGUUUACUGUUAUUCUUGCCACAAACGAGAAGUGUUGCGCGUUAAUUCAGUGAAUUCUAAAUCGAAUUAUUAUAUUUCGUUCGUUGCUUAAGUGAUUUAUGUUUUGUGAUUAAAUCUACAGUUUACUAUAUUAUCAAGAAAAGAUAAGUAAAAAUGAAAAAAACGACAUUUCGAAAUCAUUAUAGUAAAGAAAAAAGGAUUUUCAAAUCCAAAAUAAUAAAAUUAAAAAAUUUGGUGGAAUGUGCGGGGAAGUUAAAUAGUGCGCAGAAUAGUGAACUCAUAAAUACGAUGAAAUAUGUUGCAAAAGAAAAUUACGAAAAUAGUGAUGUUGUGAAUUGCGAAAUUUCAAAUGAAACUUUUAGACAUUUAGCAAUAGAUACUUCAGUUUCCUUAAGAGAUUCUUUGUCCCAAGAUAGCAAGUUAGAUAUUGAGAAGAAAGGGGCUUCUUGUGGGCUAUUAGGAAUAAUAUCUCUCAAAGUUUUGGAAUGGUUUCGGCUAGUCAGUUAAGUGCUGACGUUAUUGAAAUUUUAAGAGAAGAUAUUGAUUAUAAAUAUUUUUGCAUUCCUCACGUCGAACAGUUUCUUUCCAUUCCUCUUUUGCAUCAUCUCUUUCACGAUUUUUCGCAACAACCCGCACAUUCUGCUUAAAUGAUUUUAAUAACAUAAAUUUAAUAAAAAUUUUAAUUUUACAUGAGCUCUACAAGCAAUAUGUUUGACGAAUCAAUCUUUGAAAGCCAAGAAGAAAAUGAUCAUCAGAUAUUGAUCCCAAGGAAGUUAUAUAGUAUAAAAGACAACGUAUCAACAACCUCAACCCCUUCACAAGAUAAGGAGAAUGUACCAACUCAAGAAUUAAAUACGAUGGCCAUUCUAAACGAAAUUCUGGGAAAGCAGAGGGAAAUAUUAGAUAAGAUACAUACUUUAGAAUCAAAUCAACAGAUAUUAUUCGAUACAUUAGGUUCACUAAAUAAUGGACAAAUGUUGAUAACAGGGAAUCAGGAACAAAUUACGGACAAAUUUGAAACAGUGGAACAAAAAUCUAUAGAUAGAUCGGAAAUGCUAGCACAGAGUUCCCUGAUUAGGGAAUGUAAGGUGCAUUUAAAAAAAAUUGAGCGAUCGGUGUGCCUCAUGACCGGAGAGGAAAAAGACGAGGCUCUCGACCAGGUAGCAAGCCUUUUACCUAUUCAAAACUUUGAGGGAUGUUUGGAAGUGGAAGAAAUGUUAGAGAAACUUGAGUUCGCACAACCUAUGAUCAGUUAUGUCCACAAACUUAAAGGGACAUCGGACAAUAUUGAAAACUCUUCCAAAUAUAUAUUUGCAGACAGCCUACUAGAGUAUUUCAAUUUUGAUGGAAGAGGAGAAAAACAAGCAUUAUGCAAGCUAAAAAUCUUCGAAGAAGUUUUAAGAGUCGUUUACCAGCCACAAGGAUCUUUCAAUUUGGAAAAGAGUAUACGGAGGUCUAUUGAACGGGGUCACCACUGAAAUAACCAAAAAAAAUAUAUUAAUAGGAAAAUAAACAAUUAAUAUAAUUUUUAAAUAAUUUAAUUUUAUUUUAUUACCAUUAUGAUUUUGAAACAUGAAUUAUAUGAUUUAAAAUUAAUGAAUUAUUGUGAUUUGAAAUAUGAAUUAUUAUGAUU